GUAGCAGUGUGUGUAGUGUGUAUAGUGUGUAUGUGGGAUUAGCUGCAGUAUUUAAUCUUCCUCCUCUCAGCUCCUUCCAGUCGACAUGCAGCAGAUCUACAGACACUCUGAGGAACACCUGGAGGUUUUUACCACCGUCUUCUCCCCACAAGUCUGCAGGUCAAGGACGAGAACCAGACAGGUGGCAGCAGAGAAGGUGGUGGUGGUGACAUCAUACCGGUCUCGCUGGCCUAAGGAGCUGGACCUGAACCGGGGAGACCUGGUCCAGGUUCUGUUUAAGGAGGACGAGGCCUGGUGGUUCGGCCGGCUGCCCACCGGACACCAGGGCUAUUUUCCCGCCACCUGUGUGGAGCCGCUGCAGGGUGGGGCGGCGCAGGCCACGCCCCCUCCGAGGAGGAGGGUGUGCCAGCAGUGCAAACAGACAAAACCCCCUGUGGCUGCACCAGCGGUCGCAGCACUCCCAAACUGCUGAGGAAAAACAGCGUUCAGCGGCCGGUCGGUCUCGACGGACCCUCGGAGUCGUUGGAACCAGGAGUGUCGGCGGCUCACGGGUCGUCCAGCCUCCUGCACCGAGUCCUGGCCAAGUCCAGGAGGAAGAGCUGCCCUCAGCUGCCCCACCCAGCUCCAGACUCCGGCACUAUCAACACCGCCUUCCAGCCAGACUAGACCAGAACCUGCUGCUGUCCAGCCAGACUAGACCAGAACCUGCUGCUGUCCAGACGGUCUAGACCAGAACCUGCUGCUGUCCAGAUGGUCUAGACCAGAACUUGCUUCUGUCCAGACGGUCUAGACUCGGUUUCUCAAUGAUUCCUGAUUCUGCUCCUGAAACCCUGAAGACACUGAAGACAAACCGACCCUCAUGUUCUCUCUGAGGUCGUCCUGUUUGAGUCUCCAUCACUUCCAGGUCCAGUCCGAGUCACUUGAGAUCACCUUCAGGUGCUGAUGUCCUACAGGUCUGAGUCCAAGUGUCCUGAUCGGGUCUGAACAUCAUGUUCGAGUCACCAAAGACUUGUCCGAGUCACACAGGUGAAGACCUGUCGAGGUUCAGUUCUGUCCCUGAGAAAAAGUCCCAGUUAGUCUCAUGACUCCUGAAGGACACAAACCAGCUGGAGUCGUUGCAUUAAGUCUCUCAGGUGUCUGAAGUGUCUCCAUACCUGAAUCUGAGUCAGCAGGUCGAUGAGUUCCUGAGCUCAUAGAGAAGUCAGCAGGGAUGUGAAUGACAAAUGGAAAAAAACUCUGAAAAUGUCCCCCCCCCCCCCCGGCACGGAAAAUUUUUAUAAAAUUCACUUAGAAGUGGCAUUCUCUGGGGACUUUUAACAGUGAAUAUAUAAGGCAAUCAACACCCAAAAUCCAUUAAUUUCUUCAAUGAAUUUCACCUGUUUUUUUAAAAAAAAAAAAAAAAAAAAACAAUAUCUCAAUUUGGUGGGCUACCAAGGGGAUACAUUAUCAUUAUCAUUUAUGGUACAUUCAAUUUUUGAGUUUCAUGCCUUUCAAGGAAUCUGUUCAUUUAAAUGCAACAUAUUUAUACCCUGUUCAUUUUAAUUCUAAUACAACAUAUUAAUACCCCAAUAUUUUGUUGUUCAAAGGAAUGGCACAGUUUAUAUAUGAAUUAGAAGAACUGAAAUAUACACAAAGAAUCAAGUACCUUACCACAAAUAUGUUGUGAGCUGCUUUAUCCACAGUGGUCAAAAAUGUAAUAAAAUAAAAGUCCAUCUGUGUUUCAUUGAA